GAGGGGGGUUUUAAUUCGUUCCUUCAAGAGAGACGAGCACUGACCCUUCGCUCCUUCAGCGAACUUCAUAUGGAGACACACGUUGCUGUCUGUACAUGUAUUAUUUCCGUAUUAUGAAAAUGUAGUGCCUUGAGCGAAGGAGGGCAAAGGAGAGCGAACAGAUAGGUUCAUUCACUAGGGAGCGAAGAAGAAGGAAAAGUGGGGACGAAUAAAGUUUCCUCCGUUUGAGGCUGGAUACAAGAGCGUGAUUUCCUUUCCAGACUCGAGAUGCCCCGCACGAAUCGUGGACACUAUAACCACCAUACUCUUAUAAGAAAGGCCGGGUAUUCGACUCUUACGAAUCAAUCUACAUCUUGCAGAUGGAUACAAAAGGCGCACUGCUCAUCGGUGACUUUUAUGCAGCAGGAGCGGUUAGACAUUUGUUAUGAAAUACGUUUUGCGGUCAUAUUCUUUGCACUUGCGCCGUCUGAUUCAAUCUGUCACAACGUCUAUCUCGCGACAUUUCCAGUAAUGCUCAUUAUGGGCGGAUUCUUAUGGAUUCGCUACGCAAGAAUCGACCGAAAGCGACAUGAUCUUGAAGGAACCAUAUGGACUCGCCCGUGUUGCAUGAGUAAGUACUACGAUACGGACAAUGGUAUUUCGAGCAAGACAAGUCGGAUAAGAGAGCACGCAGGGUUUGGCUCGCCCACAGAAGUUUGCAGACAUGAACGCUCUUUCGAUUGCACACAUAGAUUAAAGGUGGCGACGAGCAUUGGCCUUACCUUGGCCGUGGAUUAUGGCCAGCUGGUUGGGCUUGACAAUCCAUAAUAUUCUACAGGCUUGCUGAGCAAGCCCGAUCCUUAAUUCAUAAUCGUAGUUAUCAAACAGGAAGAGCGUGUCGAUGAGAUUGGCUUAUGGCGACGUGAU